GGGGCCGGACCGCGCAGGCGGGACUUCCGGCUGCCUCCUCAGAGCAGCCGUGAGAGCGGCUCUUAGUUUUGCUUAGUAAGUAAAACAGUUCUGCAACCGUAGCGACUUGACACGAGCGAGAAGGGGCGAGAGGAGACGCGGGCCCUGCGGCACGGUUGCGGGUCCGGGGUUGCGUGACGCUGCCCGGGCUGCCCCGCGCCGAGCCCGGGGGUCCGCUCCGCUCCCCCAGUCCGAUGGCGCCGGCCGCGCGCAGGGCCCCGGCUCAGGUAAGCGCUCGUCCCCCGGGCCCUCCCCGCCCGCUCCCCGCCGAGACCCUGAGGGCCGAGCGCGGGGCGCCUGCUCGCGUCCCUGCGGCCCAGGCCCCGGCGUCCGGGCUCCCGUCGAGGGGCACGUCCCAAGGGGCGACACUGAGCGCCGAGGCACAGAGCUUGAACUGCCAGCCCGCCGGCCCGUAGUCUCCAGGGCCGGGCGAGGAUCCAGGGAGCUCUGGGUCCGUGGAGCCCGCCGCGGCUUGUUGGUCCAGGGCUGGGCUGGCCUCUCCCCACUUCCCGCCGCCGCGGAAGCGCUGACGGAACCAACACGAGCCAGUGGGAGGUGGCGCAGCCCCGCCCUGGCCCUGCCCCGCCCCCCCGCUCGCCUCUGCCUUGUUGUGUCCCGGGACUCUUCAUGCCGUCCCCCAAGUCUUGGGUCUGGAGACCCUGGAGAAACCCCAAGCCCGUGCCAAGCGUUUCUGGCAACCGGUGUGUGCACGGUCAUUCCGGACACUCGGAGCGGGGCGCGCACGGGCCGCAGCUGACACGCAGCUGGAACUGUUCUUGCGGGUGGGAGCGAAGAGCAGAGGGACAGCGGCCAGGGCCGGAACGACGGCCUGAGAAGGGCAGGGUGACCUUUGAAGACGUGGCCGUAUACUUCUCCUGGGAGGAAUGGGGUCUCCUUGAUGAGGCUCAGAGAUGUCUGUACCAGGAUGUGAUGCUGGAGAACUUGGCACUUAUAACCUCCUUGGGUUGUAGGCAUGGUGUGGAGGAUGAGGAGGCACCCGAGCAGAAGGUUUCUGUACAAGGCGUGCCCCAGGUCAGGACUUUCAAGGCAGUCGUGUCUCCCCAGAAGGCCCAUCCUUGUGAGGUGUGUGGCCACGACUUGAGAGACCUUUUGCUCUCCACCGAGCACCAGGCAACACUUUGUGGACAGAACCUCUACAAGACUGGGGCAUGUGAGAAACAGUUGUGUUUUGAUGCAAACCUUCAGCACCAGAAGGAGCACAUUGGAGAGAAAUGCUUCAGAAGCAACACGGGCAGAGCUGCUUUUGUGAAGGACUACAAAUUGUGUGUGUCAGGGAAACCCUUUUCCUGCGGGGAGGUUGUCAGGGACAUCUUGGCCACCUCGAGAUUCUUCCAGCAGCAGGCCACACACAGCAGGGAGAAGUCAUACAGGACGACGGAGUAUGGGGCAUCCUCUCGUGGAAGGAAAGCGCAACACAACUGGGGAGAAGGCACAGAGGACUUGACUUGCAAACACAUGCUUGUUCACCACCAGAGAGACCUCGCUAGAGAGAGAUGCUUCAUGUGCAGUGAAUGUGGGAAAUCUUUUAGCAAAAGCUACAGCCUCAGUGACCACUGGAGAGUGCACACUGGGGAAAAGCCUUAUGAGUGUGGGGAAUGUGGGAAGUCCUUCAGGCAGAGCUCUAGCCUCAUUCAGCACCGGAGAGUUCACACUGGAGCAAGGCCUCACGAGUGUGACGAAUGUGGCAAACUAUUUAGUAACAAGUCUAACCUCAUUAAACAUCAGAGAAUUCACACUGGAGAACGGCCGUAUGAGUGCAGCGAAUGUGAGAAAUCUUUUAGCCAAAGCUCCGCGCUGCUUCAACAUCGGAGAGUUCACACUGGAGAAAGGCCUUAUGAGUGCAGCGAAUGUGGGAAAUUCUUUACUUACAGUUCCAGUCUCCUCAAACACCAGAGAGUACAUACUGGGUCAAGGCCUUAUGAGUGCAGUGAAUGUGGGAAAUCCUUUACUCAAAACUAUAGUCUCAUUAAACACAGGAGAAUUCACACUGGAGAAAGACCUUACGAGUGCAGCGAAUGUGGGAAAUCCUUUAGCCACAGUUCUAGCCUCAUUAAGCACCGAAAAGUGCACUCUGGAGAAAGGCUUUAGGAGGACAGUGACUUUGGGAAACGCUCACCUCUGUCUUCCAUUUCAAUGACCAUUCACAUAUUCACACUGAAACAAAAAAACUUUAUGAGUAUUUGAACGUAGGAUAUUCUUUACCUAUGAGUCCAAGCUCCUAAAACACCACAGUGUCUCCUUAGAUGAAGGCCUGUGAAUGUGAAGAAUGUGGGAAAUGGCUAACCAAAGGCUAGCCCCAUUGCUCUCCAGAGAACUCACGGUAGUGAAAGGCCUUACAGAUGCAGUGAAUAUGAGAAAGCCUUCAUCUGAAGGACUUUACCUCAUAGGACUUCACAAAUUUCAAAUGGGCAGUUAUUUAAUUGAUGAAUGUAACCACACGGGAGGAGAUCCCUUAGGAAGGUGCCAUCUGCCUGUGUUGAAGCUCAUACAUUCAAACAUCUGCAUAAAUCCCAGGUACGUGGUAGCUGCCUUGCAGUCUUUGAACCUGCCCAGGGGCCAUACCUCGGUGUCAGGGCAAUUGCUGGAUCACUAAUGAAUAGCCUGAGCGCUUACUCCUUCCCCGUUUUUCCUCUCUGCGGAGAGGGCAUGCAUGUCACCCAGUUUUGUCCUGCAGGACUGCUGGUGAUUUGAAAAGGUGGACAACAGGGGCGCCUGGGUGGCUCAGUCGUUAAGCGUCUGCCUUCGGGCUCAGGUCGUGGUCCCAUGGUCCUGGGAUCGAGCCCCAUGUCGGGCUCCCUGCUCAGCGGGAAGCCGGCUUCUCCCUCUCCCACUCCCCCUGCUUGUGUUCCCUCUCUCGCUGUCUCUCUCUCUCUCUGCCAAAAAAUGAAUAAAAUCUUAAGAAAAAAAAAAGUGGACAUUUUUCAGGGAUGUUAUUAUCCUCGUGAGACUCUGUGAUGGCAUUUCCCAGCCUCCAAAUCACCAACCUGGGAACAGUCUGCCUCCCGUUGCUCUUGCUGUAUGACAAUAAAGAUCGUAUUGUUUAAGC